AUGUUGUGCUACAUCCACAACAUCUUCAAGUGGAGCAAGAAGUCUCGCGCGCGCAGCGAGAGAAGCCCUCGCAACCAGCCUCUCGGACGGUGGCUCCCCAGAGACCACAGAGUCAUACAGAGAUGGGUGGCACAGAAAGCUCGCGAAGCAGAAGAAAGAAAAUCGGAUAAUGGACUCGACCCGAGCCUACUCAACCUCCAGAAGAUCGUCGACGACGAUCCGGCCCUCUCCCGUCUUGCAAAUGCCAUGUUCACCGAGGCUUCGGCGCGUUACACGCUAGACCCCAAGGAACAGCCUGCCAUACAGAGCUUCGGGCAGUUCCUACAAGUGGUCAACGUCAUCAUGCAGUCCGGGCCCGAGUUCUAUGACAAGCCUGGGAACGAUACUGCAAUGGGGUUCGUCGGGUUCCCGAUCAAUGCGCUCCUCGACUGGCCGAUGGGCACGAAAUCCGGGUAUGAAUUUUUCAGGCGGCGGGAAGUCAACGAGGCACUCAGAGACGUUCUAAACACGUGGGCCAAGUUCUUGGGCACGGCGGCGUCUAAACCAUGCCUUCGAGGCUGGCUAUCACCUUUGGGCCAAGGCAUGCUGGCGGACCAGGCCAACAUGAAGGAAGACCAAUACAGCUUUCAGCAGCUUUUUAUCUGCCCCGAUCCUGUAGAAGAAGAAUACCUGGGCUUCGAAUCCUGGGACGCGUUCUUCACGCGACGGUUCCACGAAGGCGUCCGUCCCGUCGAGUACCCGGACGAUGCAAACGGCGAGGACACCAACAACACCCUGGUCAUAACCAACGCUUGCGAAUCAGCGCCGCUGAGGGUCGUCACCGAUGUGAAAUUCCGAGACGACUUCCAGCUCAAGGGCCAGCCGUAUUCGCUCGUGGACAUGCUGAACAACAACCCCCAGGCGCCAAAGUUCGUCGGCGGCACCGUCUACCAGGCCUUCCUCAGCGCCUUGACCUACCACCGCUGGCACGCGCCGGUGAGCGGGAGAGUCGUCGGGAUCGAGAUGGUCCCGGGGACGUACUACAGCGAGAACAAGUACGAGGGGAUGGCCGCCAACCCGGACGAUCCCGACCCGCAAGCCCCGAACCAUUCGCAGCCGUACAUCAGCGCAGUCGCUACGCGCAGCAUCAUCUACAUCCAGGCAAGAAACCCCAAGAUCGGCCUCAUGGCCAUCGUGUUCGUCGGCAUGGCCGAGGUUUCCAGCUGCGAGUUUACCGUGGGCGUCGACGAAGAGGUUGUCAAGGGGCAGGAGAUUGGAAUGUUUCAUUUUGGGGGCAGUUCGCACUGCUUGGUUUUCAGGCCCGGAGUCAGGCUUCGGUUCGUUGGCAGGCAGCCGCCGUGGGAUCUGGAUUUCGAGGGGAACAACAAGGUAAACAGUGCCCUGGCUGUUGUGAAACCGUGA